GUAUACGAUACUGCUAGUGAAAUAACCACUCCAGAAGGCAGUCCCAAGUCACAAACGCAGUUCCCGAUUUUGCCACCUGGUGCUCAAAGAUCACUUCCACCGCCUGGCAAGUGAGCAGACAAAACGACAGGAAGACCUGUACCAGGUUCGACUGCUCAGAUGGUAACCAGAGAAUAUAGAAGUGAAGCUACAUCAAGUUACGUCGGAACCAGGAACGUUCCACCUUCAGGAGAUUGGUUUAUAGAUAACGACAGUGAAGCUAGCUACAAAUAAAAUGUUUCACUAGAAAGGAAAUUCUUGCUUUGAAGUUGCUCAAAUAUUCUAAAUGACACGCUCUUAAUGUCUAAAUAUUUUACUUAACCGUUAAGAUGAAGAGCGUAAUUCAGCCCUCAAAAUUUCCUUUCUAUUCAUAGUAACAACUUAUAGGCAAUUUGUACACAAAUGUCUAGCUGUACGAUUUCUCAUUUUCUGUAAAACAGAACAAAAGCUGUCCUUUCAGAUGUAUGGAGAGUAACACAAGACGGGUAGGUACCUUCAAAGCCCUUCGUAUGUUUCCUUUUAAAAAUACCGCUUUUACAAUACUUAUGAUUUAUAUUCUUCAGAAUACUAGAAUUUGUUUCGAUCUGCAUGUUUUAGUUUUCUCGAAGAGAGUGGUAUAACUUAAUGUACGCCACUGCUAAGGGAAUGUCAUUGUGUAACGUAUGGACGGCUCCAUACACAGCAGCAGCAUCUAGAUCAGUGAUGCUCUUGUACAAUUUGACACUUGAUUAUGAGUCUGCAUUUUGCUGACCACAUGAAACCAUUUAUGUUCGAUCACUGUUCACUAACGUUAAUAGUUAUUUGGGUACUGCUGCGUCUUGUAGAUUUCGGAUUUCACUGUUUUUUCACUUGAAACAUAUAGAGGGUAGUUUGAUAGAUUAUUUUAAAUCAU